ACACAGUUUCUUCUUUAGUUAGAGCAUCGUUUCGUUCCGGUGCUAAAUAUUCAUACAGUCUUCGGCGAAUCCGCAUUCAAAUUUCAAGUUUCCUCGUUCAUAAUCGAAAAUGAGAGAAAUACUUCACAUUCAAGGUGGACAAUGUGGUAACCAAAUCGGAUCUAAGUUUUGGGAGGUGGUUUGUGAUGAACAUGGUAUUGAUCCAACUGGAAAGUACGUCGGAACAUCAGAUCUACAGCUAGAGAGAGUUAAUGUUUACUACAAUGAAGCUUCUUGUGGAAGAUUCGUUCCUCGUGCUGUACUCAUGGAUCUUGAGCCUGGGACUAUGGACAGUGCCCGAACUGGUCCUUAUGGUCAGAUCUUUCGUCCUGAUAACUUCGUUUUUGGACAAUCUGGUGCUGGUAACAAUUGGGCUAAAGGACAUUAUACUGAAGGAGCUGAACUCAUCGAUUCAGUUCUUGAUGUUGUCAGGAAAGAAGCUGAGAAUUGUGACUGCCUUCAAGGUUUUCAAGUAUGCCACUCAUUGGGUGGAGGAACUGGUUCUGGGAUGGGUACUUUGUUGAUCUCCAAGAUCAGAGAAGAGUACCCUGACCGUAUGAUGCUCACAUUCUCCGUAUUUCCUUCGCCUAAGGUUUCUGAUACAGUAGUUGAGCCUUAUAAUGCAACCCUCUCUGUUCAUCAGUUAGUUGAAAAUGCUGAUGAGUGCAUGGUCUUGGAUAAUGAGGCCUUGUAUGACAUUUGCUUCAGGACCCUCAAGCUAACAACUCCUAGCUUCGGUGAUCUGAACCAUCUUAUCUCUGCUACCAUGAGUGGCGUUACCUGCUGCCUUAGGUUCCCUGGGCAACUUAAUUCUGACCUCAGGAAGCUCGCCGUGAAUUUGAUACCCUUCCCUCAUCUUCAUUUCUUCAUGGUUGGCUUUGCCCCACUCACCUCACGUGGGUCCCAAAUGUAUCGCACUUUGACAGUGCCAGAGCUCACUCAGCAGAUGUGGGACUCAAAAAACAUGAUGUGUGCUGCUGACCCAAGGCAUGGACGAUACCUCACUGCGUCUGCCAUGUUUAGAGGAAAAAUGAGCACCAAAGAAGUUGACGAGCAGAUGAUUAAUGUGCAAAAUAAGAACUCAUCCUACUUUGUCGAGUGGAUCCCGAAUAACGUCAAGUCAAGCGUCUGUGAUAUUCCACCAAGGGGUCUAUCAAUGGCGUCGACCUUUAUCGGAAACUCAACUUCUAUCCAGGAAAUGUUCAGGAGAGUGAGUGAACAAUUCACAGCUAUGUUUAGAAGGAAGGCUUUCUUGCAUUGGUAUACUGGUGAAGGAAUGGAUGAGAUGGAAUUUACUGAGGCAGAGAGCAACAUGAAUGAUCUUGUUUCUGAGUACCAGCAGUACCAGGAUGCUACUGCUGACGAGGAAGGUGAAUAUGAGGACGAAGAAGAGGAGUUGCAGGAGAUGUGAGAAACUUAUAUAGAAGGUUAAAAGUAGUAGAAUGGAUUGGAGUGUUGAUAUUGGAGUAAGUGGGUCUAACAUAUUGUUAAAAGUACCGCGUCAUGUUUUUUUAUUCUCUUCUAUCUGGUAUCAUGUGUUUCAGUAGUUUAGUUGGUCGUACUCUUGCUUAGAAUCGCUGUUCUGUUAUGAUGUUUCGUGUUACAUAACCAUUUCAAAUUUGUAGAUCUGGAUUUCAGGUCGCCGUGAUGAUCAUGUUGCCUCUUCAAGACAAAUUUGAAUUAUACAACUAAUGUAAUUAUGUGGUUUUUUGUA